AUGACCAAUGAAGGUAGCAUCAUCAUUGACAUCCCUAUCACUUUCGUUAUAGGAUCAAUCGUAGAACUCUCAGUCACCCACUGUUUCAAUACCACCACCACCACCUUUACAGACUCCAUCAUUAUCAUGGUAGUCGUCCAAUAUUAUAUCUAUCAAUAUUUCCCCUCCAGCGUAAUCUUGUCACUACCAUUACUACAUAUACCGUACCACAACCAGCUUCCCUACCACAAUAUCUCUCUUCUGACACUUUUUUUCAUACACAUCCCUUAUUUUUUCUUACAACCUCCCAUAAUGCAUCCCCCCUCUCUCUCUCUCUCUCAACAUCUGUUUUCAUUUCUUUUACUCUGCCCCACUAGUUCCUCUGACCCCCUUUCUUGUUUUCACAUUCUUUGCGUCUUCCCAUAUCCCGUACGGUUUUUCUUUCUCUUUUAUCAAUCUCCUCUUAUUCUUCAAUUCCUACCUCGUUCUCUCUUUCGAUCCCUUUCAUUUUUAAACGAAAAUAAAUAUAUAAAUAAAACCCUAUCCGCGCCAUCUCUUAUUUCAGUGUCACUCGACCUGCAUCGAAGUAAAUGCCCCUGUCCUUUAGACCAUUCGAAAACCCAGAGAACGCGGAUACAAGAACGGGUAGGUUCGUCAGAGAAAAAGGCCGACACACAGGGAAAAUGA